GCUGCUGCUGUCAGAGCGUCUCUCUGCUUCGGCCCGGUGAUGACGACCGCUGGCCGUGCGUGUGCCGUCUAGUCUGCUGCUCUGCGACGCCCGUCGAAACGCGAAAACCUACUCAACCCACUCAACUCGCAACUGACCAGCCGACCGACUCCUCCGCAAGGAUGCUGCCCGCCACCAAGCACGUGCUGUUCGCCCUCGCCCUCCACGUUUUCGUGGUCGGUGGGCUGAAGGACGUGCGAGUGAUCUCACCGGGGGGCGUGCCCGUGGGCGACGCAAUCAAGCUCGAGUGCCACUUCGACACAGAGGGCGACCAGCUGUACGCCGUCAAAUGGUACAAGGGCAAGAAGGAGUUCUACCGCUACCUGCCCAAGGACAAUCCGCCCGGAAAGGUUUUCCCACUCUCCGGCGUCAACGUCAAUCUGACGCAGUCCGGCCAGAACCGGGUGGUGAUCAUGGACGCGCACUUCGGCCUCAGCGACAAGUACCGGUGCGAGGUUUCCGUGGACGCACCCUCCUUCGACACGGCGCUCGUCAUGGCUCCUGUAUUCGUUGUUGAUUUUCCGGACGGCGAUCCGAUAAUCUCGUCGGAAAGGCAGACCUACCCCGUCGGCGAAACCCUCAGAGCCAACUGCACCUCCUACAGAAAUCACCCCUCUGUCAAUAUUACCUGGUCGAUCAACGGUCUUCCCGUGAAGGGCAAAUUCGUCAAGACGCUACCACGGAUCCAAGAGGACGGCAACCUGACCACCACCGUUGAGACGCUUAAGUUCAACAUUCUGCCCGAGUCGUUUCGCAACCACCGCAUGAAGCUCGAGUGCACCGCCACAAUGUACAACGUGUACAACCGCACAGCAAAGGCCAUCAUCGACGAGGAAAACCCGCGCGCCGCUCACGUCCUCAGCACCACGCACGACUCGACUUCUUCCACAGGGGUGCGAGGCGCGGGGUGCAGCGUGCUGGUGGCGGCGGCGCUGGUGCUGUGGAGAUAGCUGUCGGCUCGGGCCGCGUCGCAGCUGUAAGCGGAGCGAAUUAAGUGUGCGUGCGUGUGACUCGGGCCCAAUAAGAGUGAGCAGCUGUCUCCCUCUCUGGUGCUCGUAGACCAGAGACAAUUACUCAAUUCUCCUCCCCCGCCCCGAGCCGAAUUCUCGCCGUCAGGGUUGCCGACCUGCGGACCUCGUGCAAAAUCACUUUUCGCAAUCCGAGAUUAUUGCGUUUGUCACGCGCGCGGGGGCAUACGAUUUGUACGCCAUUGUCUGUAUAUUUGUACAAUAAGCUCGUUUUGCGUUCUGCUGUGUAUCAUACAUAAAUUAUAACAUACUAUCCGUGUACAAAAGAGGGCAUAGUGCGAGUGUGCGCGUUGUGCGUGUGCAAAAUUUAUCGUCGUGCUAUGGACAUUGUUGAAAGAGAGAGAGAGAGAGAGAGAGAGAGAGAGAGAGAGAGAGAGAGAGAGAGAGAGAGAGAGAGAGAGAGAGAGAUAAAAGCGGCUCAAAAUCCCAUAAAUGAAUUAAUGCUAUGUACGUGUACAGUGUGUAUGUAAGCGAAACGGCGGGCUCUGCGGAUAUAAUUGUAAUUGAUUAUUAUACAUGUAUGCACACUCACACGCGCGCGCUAUAUUAUACUAUUAAAGUAUUAUAACUAAUGAGAUACUAUUGUUGACCAUCAUGUGGGAAUCUGGACGAUGUUUGUUAAUCCGCUCUCUACCGUUUCCUCUGUUUCCGCGAUUCUGAAAACUCGACGAUUGCAUGUUCGACUGGCCGAAAAAAGAUUGGGAAAGAUUAAAUCUAUUAAACUUCUCUGUUUUGUUAAAAGGAAAAUCCAUACUUAAUGAAAACAGAAAGUCCGUCUGUUUUAUGGUGCUGUAAAAAUCCUUGUUGGCAAUGUUAUAGUUUCUGUCAUCAAUGUUGUUGAUUAAUUUGAAGAAGCAUCGUUGGAACUGAAACAAUUGAGAAAAAGGAGUGAUAAAUCUGGAUAUUAAAUCGGUAGUAAGAAAACGAGGACAUUUUCUCAAUGCUGACGUCAUUGUUUCCUGCUGAAAUGGAGUAAAUAAUUGUUAUUAUUGUGUUUUUUGGCAGUUGUCCUUGUUCAACUUUAAUCUGAAAAUUGAUUGCGAAAAGAGUGCAACAACCAGAGCCUGAAAGUUCAUUACUUCAAUCGUUGACGCAGCUGAUAGAUAAAUUUGCAAAUUUUAAAAGGAUAUUUCUAUCGAAAAACAUAAUUUCAAAUAUAUAUAGCAAAUAAAUCUGUAAAUGAAAGUGCCGUUAGAAUUUUAGGAUUUGGCUACCGUACUAGCCGCUCACAGCACUACUGGUCAAAGAGAACGGCCAUAUUGUAACGUCAUCAGUGUCAUGGCCGCUGAUGUCCAGGACAUGCCCUGAUUGUUUAGAAAAUAAGGGACAAUGUGUAACAAGAAGCCCUUAAAUUCCGCAUCCGACCUUUUCUAUCCUGAGCAGUGAUGGUGGCCCAAUAUGGCCGCUCAUGUUGUCCUGCGCUUGCAUACAUACGUGGAAUCCGAUUCCGAAAAUUCCAACGGCACUCUGAUUUACAGAAUUGAUUGGUUCUAAUAAAAAACUGUAUUUUUUCGGCAUACAAGUAAUUCAAACACGUCAGCUCUGAUUUCAUAUUUCAUGUCCGUUCCUAUAUCCUUCUGUUCAUUCUUGUCUUGCAAUGUUUUUACUCAAUGCUGCCCUUCAAAACCAAAAUUAUUUUUUAUCGUGUCUAUAGUUAUCCGCUGAAUAGAUUUUUAUCAUAGAGAUGAGAACAUGAAAUGAAAUAUAUUCCCAAUAAAAAUGCUCUGUAGUAAGAACGGAUCCAAAAUCAGAUCAGUAUAUAGCGCCAGAAAUUUGAAAUCUGAUGGCGGCUUCAAUCAUUUUCGCAAAUUUCAAUUUACAAACAGCUUCAAUUUCUACUGUUCAAACAAAUCGACAGUGUCAUGUUUCAGUGAGAAAAAAUCUGGAUAGUUAGCCAAAUGGGAAAGUUGAAAGUAGUGUUCAGAGCGACCAGCAGAUGGCGCCACUGUUAAUUUACAAUUUUAUAUAAUUAUGUACUAAUUGUACUUUGCGAUAAUCCAGAUUCAAUUUUUCUUGCAGGGGUUUUUGGUGUAAAAAAUUAUUUGAUGAGCUGUAAAAAAUAAAAUCGGUUCAGCCAAUCGUGGUAGGAAUCUAAAAAUCGAUUUUUUCAAGACAGAAAAUCUGCCAUUUCAUUUUUACAACAGUUGGCUGAACCAAUUUUUGAUUCCAGAACGUCUAAGUGUAUUAUUUUUACGCCAAAAAUUCACAGUAGAAGGAUUUAAUCUGAAAUCGCAGUCCCCAUAACCAGAAAAUUUUAAAUUAACUGUGGUGCCAUCUGUUAACUGUUCCAAACAUAUUCCAAUUGUUCCUCAAUUUUGACUGAGUCUUGUGAGUUUGACUGUCAAUCGGCCAGUUCGCGACGCGGCGAGAAACUGUUUUACAAAGAUACGUCUAAUUCGUUGUAAUAAGAAUUUGUUGUUGGACGUAGAGAGACUAACGCUGUUGAGGGAAAACCUUUAAUUUAUGCAUAUAACACGUAAUAAAAUAUAAAUGUGAAAAAAAUACGCAGCACACGCGAAAAAAAGUGAUCGUCUCAUCCCCCGCAUUCUCCGUAAUUUUAAGCAUAGAGGUAAAUUCCGACGAGCUCAAUCCACAAAAAAAAAUGUAUAUUAAUGGUGUAUACUCCCAAUCUCUCUGAACGCGCGUGCUUUUAAUUGCGAUUGAUUUCGGCUAUUUUUGUAGUCUCAUUCUCUGACACAGCCGAGCGCGUUCUCUUCUGUGUUUGAUCACUUGGAACUGACGUGUGCGUGGGCGUUAUUAUCAGAUGGACAAAAUAAAAUUCAUUUCAAUAGAAAA